UACUCAUCCCGGUCUCUCCUCUUCGUCAGCCUUUUCCGGCGGUCGGCGGUGGAAACGCACCCGAAACUGAAUAAAAUGGGCUGUUGACGCGCGGAGGAGCCACAAGAAACAUGGACUCGUCGCCUUUUCUGCUCCUUCUCAUUUCCCAGGUUAUUUAUCACCCUUCCUCCGCCGACAGGAAAUUCGGGUGUCUUUUUGAAAAUGAGCUGUGUUCUCCAUAUGAAAUCUGUGUCAACGAUGGAAUGUUCGGGAGGUGUCACUCAGUUCCGGUGAAGGAGGCGUACACCUACGACGUCUCUCCGUCUGUGGCGCAACGCUUCAGGAUGCUGCUGGAGAAACUCUCCAACAGAGGUCUGACCUGGGAGGACGACACCACCCAGCAGGUCCUGUCCAAAGAGCUGUCCAAGCUGAGGAGGAUUCCCUACAGACCGCUGGAGGCUGAACCUGUUUACAAUUCUAACGUCAGACUGGUAGCGGAGGCUGUGGACCCUUUGGACCAGAGGGUGAAGCCUGUGGAUGUGGAGCUGAGCAGAAACCUGCAGACGUAUCUCCAGCGCCUGGGCCUUCUCCCCAAGACCCCCUCCCCAGCCAGCGUUAAGACCCCCAGCAAGCCGUCACGCCAGGGGAGGCCACUGGCCACCAACCUCCUCAGUACAGAGGCCAAAGGAGACCUACUCAUGGCUGCCCUGAGGCAGUACCUCUCUGGACAGCUGUCCCUGCAGGGUGAAGUGGGAAACCCCAGAAACCAGGAGGCCCCGUCCCCCCACCUGAGACCUUUUUUCAGCAACGGAGUGGAAAGUUCUGGACUGAAGAAAGAGACCUCAAAUGACCAGCUUCUGAAGACGGGAGGAGGUCAAGGGUCAACUGUUAAAGAUCCUCUUACCUCCGUGGACGAGAGGUUCAUCAAGAAAGUUCUGGCGAAUGUGGGCCGGCAGCAUGUAGACGUAGACCACCUCACCCCCCAAGAUUUGGAUCAGCUGUCCAGCCUGAUAGCCGACGCUCUGCAGGUGGUUGACUUGGACCAGAACCAGAAUCAGGGCCCGAAACUGGGCCUAACCCGGGUCAGACCUGGACCAAGAGACCUUGAGGAGGAGCAGAGAGAGACGGAGAAGGGGGCUGAGGAUGAGGGGAAGAAGGAUGAGGCGGUCAGAAGUGAUGAAGUUGAGAAAGAGGGGAAUGCUGCAACAGUGAAGACACAGGAGAGCGCCCACAUCGACUUAGUGGUGCAAGAGCGACGUACAGAUGUAGAGCAGCCAAACUCCAAAGAGAAGAAUGGCGACCUGUUCACCAAACUCCUUGCCUAUCUGGACAAAACGACAUUCACUGACAUCCCGACUUCAAAGGACCAGGCGGCCUCAGAGCUGAAAACAACCAGAGGACGACGAGUUGGGCUGGAAAACGUUCAAAGCCGGACCAGCCAGGCUGAGGUCGCUGUCCAGAAGAAGGCCGCCACACAUUCUGUGGAGGAGGUGUCAGAGGUGAAGGGCUGGAUAAAGGAGGUGGUGCCUCCUCCUGCAGCAGUGGUUUAUGAGAAGCCUCACAAGACAGUGCAUGUUCCAGAGCUUCAGCUGGAUGUCAAAGCCAAGGGGAAGAAGGCUGACGAUGAUGUCUUUGGCUACGUUAUCACCGAUACAGAUGGGCUCCAGACAGAUGAAGGCCUCCAUCUGAUGGAGAUCCUGGCUCGCAGGGCCAAAAUCCAGAUGACCGACUUUUCCGAGCUGUCGGUGGUGGGCCCCGCUGUGACCUUCAAAGUGCAUCCUAACAGACAGAAUGUCACCACAGCAGAUGUGGCCAACAUUGCUGUUCGACAGAAGGAGGCUCUGGAGAAGGAGGCCAAGUUCAGCAUCCUGGAGGCUGGGGUCACCGAUGGAAGCCAGAUCAACCAAAUCCCUACCAAGUACAGCCAGGCAGAGUCCACCAAGUUCCUCAUCCUUACCGUGGUCUCUAUCCUGUGUAUCGUCGCUGUCCUGCUGGGCUCCACCAUAGUCUACUGUCUGCGCCACCGCUCCCACCACAAGCUCAAGGAGAAGCUCACCAACCUGGGAACGGACACGGGCAGCGAUGCUACCGCCACCUAUCAGGAGCUGUGCCGGCAGCGUAUGGCCGUCAAGCCCCCAGCAGAGCGUCCGGAGCCCAUCUCCUCCAGGAUCAACAGCGUCUCCUCCCAGUUUAACGACGGGGGCCCGGCAGUGAGCCCCUCUGCCCGCAGCAGUACCUCCUCCUGGUGUGAAGAGCCCGCCCACUCCAACAUGGACAUCUCCACCGGCCACAUGAUACUGUCUUACAUGGAGGACCACUUGAAGAAUAAAGACCGUCUGGAAAAGGAGUGGGAGGCUCUGUGUGCCUACCAGGCUGAGCCAAACGCCUCGACCGUGGGCCUGAGAGACGGCAACGCCAAGAAGAACCGAUCCAACGCUGCGGUGGCAUACGACCACUCCAGGAUCACCUUGAGGCUGGAGAGCAGCCAGGGCAGUUCCGAUUACAUCAACGCCAGUCCCAUCAUGGACCAUGACCCCAGGAACCCCGCCUACAUUGCCACCCAGGGCCCUCUUCCAUCAACGGUGGCAGAUUUCUGGCAGAUGGUGUGGGAGAAUGGCUGCGUGGUCAUUGUUAUGCUGACGCCCCUGGUUGAGAGCGGCGUGAAGCAGUGCUAUCACUACUGGCCGGACGAGGGGUCCAACCUCUACCACAUCUACGAGGUCAACCUGGUGUCGGAACACAUCUGGUGUGAUGACUUCCUGGUUCGUAGUUUCUACCUGAAGAACAUGCAGACGAACGAGACACGCACCGUCACACAGUUCCACUUCCUCACCUGGCUCAACCAGCACGUCCCAGAAUCCAGCCGCUCGCUGCUGGACUUCCGCAGAAAAGUUAACAAGUGCUACCGGGGACGCUCGUGUCCUAUCAUAGUCCACUGCAGUGAUGGCGCGGGCAGAAGUGGGACCUACAUCCUGAUUGACAUGGUCCUCAACAAGAUGGCUAAAGGUGCCAAGGAGAUUGAUAUAGCAGCCACGUUGGAGCACCUGAGGGACCAGAGACCAGGGAUGGUUCAAACCAAGGAUCAGUUUGAGUUUGCAUUGACCGCUGUCGCAGAAGAGGUGAACGCCAUACUCAAAGCUCUCCCACAGUGAGGUGGAAACGCGCACCUGCCCCGAGGGACCUCCUCCUCC